AUGUCGGUGCCUGCCAGGUCUUUGGGCAGGUCUGGGGGUCUUCGCAAGACUAACUCCUACUCGAUUCUCGCUAACUAUGACGCUUCCUCCGAGGAUGAGGACUGCAUUCUUCCCGACGGUGGAGUUCGCCUUGGGUCUCGCCUGAAGACCUUGUCCAUGUCCGCCAUCAACAAUGAGCUCGAAGAGGACACCUCAUCCGAUGAUGCCUCCAACGACGUUGCCGAGAACACGACGGCUACUGAACCUGCUGAUGAUCUUACUGCUCAUCCGGAGCCUCCAUGCGAAGAAGACAAUGUCCCUGAGGGUCUCUCAGAGACCAGCGACGAGGCCGGCACCAACGCCGCCAACGGUCCCGUCGGUGAUAUUUCGACCCAGGAGUCGAGCGAUGUGCCUGUUUUCACCGGUGAGGAGGACCCUCAGGAGAUUUACUCUCCCUCAGCCUGCGUCUUCGUUGCCAACUUGACCCUGGGUAUCUCGGAUUCCAUCCUCGCGGGUGAGGUUUACCGCAUCUUCAGCCAGUUCGGGACAGUUUUCGUAAAGAUCAGGCGUGACUCUGCCCACAUGCCCUUCGCCUUUUGCCAAUACACCACCGGCGAGGAUGCUCAGCGCGCUAUCCAAGGUGGCCAUGGUAUCGUCUUGCUCGGCCGUGAGUGCCGAACCGAGCUGGCCAAGGCCAAUUCCGUGUUCGUCGUUCGCCGUACGGAUGGUGGCCCUAUUACUGAGCCCGAGGCUCGCAAUUUCAUGUCCCCUCUUGGGGACAUCAUGAGCAUCGAGCCUCUCGACGGCACGAUGCAGCACCAGCUCGGCAUGUCGGUUGCACUGGUCGUCAGAUACCGCGUCUACAAUCCCGCUCGGGACAUCAGCGUGAUCAACAACGCACAGAAGAAGUUUCUCGCCUUCCCCUUCGAUGCCAAGAGGAUGUCCCGCACCGGGAGGCCCUAUGUUUCUUCUGACCGUCCUUCGGGCCAAGCUCGAUACGAAGUCGAUCGUCGCAGCGCCUACCUCGGAAACCUGCCUCUUGACUUUUCGCAGCGCGAGUUCAACGACAUGGCCGCCAAGUGCGGUAACGUUGUCAAGGUUUCGGUGAACCAUAAAAUCGUUGCGGGCGGCAAAGAAAUCGUCUUUUGCUUCGUGGAAUUUACGCAGAGUGCCUCUGUCGAUGGUUUCGUUCACGCCUACGACGGAUCCGAGCUGCGCGGCUACAUCAUGCGUGCCCAGCACAAGCUGACUCGCAAGCAGCAAGAGGACGAGGCCGGCAGCUUGUCCGGGCCUGGCUCCCACCCAGCGGCCUUCCCAGGCUACCAAGGCAUAUGUGGAGGAAGCCAGCCGAGCAUCCUCACCCCCAAGGCCAUCGAGCAGGGGCCCGCUCCCGGGAUUCACCACAGCGGUGGCCAGCAGCUUGACCGGCGCACCAUCCGCCCCAUGCAGGGGAAUCCUUCUCUGCGCAGGUCUUUUGAGCGUUCUGCUCAGACGAGUCAGGUUGCCACUGACAACGCUGUUGUCCCCCACGGUGCUAUGCAGCCCUGCUCCGUGCCUCCCUACGGGUUCUCUCAGCAGCAGCCUUACGGCCCCCCUCCCCCGGUUCCGUACGGUUACCCUGGUCACUAUGCGCCUCCUAUGCAGCCGCCCAUGGUUCCCGGAUACACGGGCUACUACCCUGGAAUGCCUGGCGACCCCCUCGCCCACAUGUACGGCCCGUACGGCCUUUCAAUCUUCCGCUGUUUCUUCUGA